GGGAGUGUUUGUUGACAAUACUGGGUGCAUAAACUCAAAUAUUUCUAUCAAAGCUACGUACAAUUAAGUUUCAAUCCAGUCACACAGUGAUGUCGGGUUGUUUGGAUGACGUUCGCUGUGAACUCCCAGAGUGCUGCGAAAUUGGUGAGAAGAGAAAUGCUGUUGCAUCUGUAGUGGCUGGAAUAUUUUUUUUCGUUGGAUGGUGGGUUAUUAUCGAUGCUGCUGUUAUUUAUCCUAAACAAGAUCAGAUGGCUCAUGCCUACCAUACCGUUGGUGUGUUUUCAACAGUCUCAUUUUUCAUGGUAAAUGCUGUUUCAUCUGGUCAGAUAAGGGGAGAUAGUUACAGCUCUGGAUGCAUUGGUCAAACAGGUGCCAGGAUUUGGUUGUUCCUUGGCUUCUUGCUUGGGUUUGGGGCUUUAAUUGCUGCUUGCUGGAUUCUGUUUGGUUGCUACGUUACACAUGGCUGUCAAGAUAUGGUAGCUCCCAUCCCCGUAACCAAUAGUACUAAUGCUACCACUACUACUCCUAGUCCAGUUACGUCAACUCCAAAACCAGAGGAUUUUGCUGAAGUCUAUCCAGGAGUGGCUAUCUUCUUGCAGAAUUUUUUUAUAUUUUUUGGCUCAAUGAUUUUCAAGUUUGGUCGAACCGAGGAACUUUGGGAAUGAAGUGGUGUACCAAAGCUGAACCACCACAGCUGUGCAAUCCUCUAAUUGAGGGGUCCAAGCCUCUAUUGUAUGGGAUUGAAGUAGAUAUGCAUUAAUGUAAUCAUUGUGAAUACAGUGUUGCACUCGCUAACUGUUUUAUAGUGUAACCAUGCGUAAAGAGAACAUGUAUCUAAUGUGUAAAUUGUAAAAUUAAAUUUUAGAUACUUUUAUUUAUAUUUGUGUUUAUAUUUGUCUGUGUUUAUCAUAGACUGUUCAUAGCUUUUACAAAUUUCUAAAUGGAUGUUAUGCAUGAAUCAGUUAUUGAAAUAAUAUUUACAUUUAUUUAGAUUUAUAAUUUGAACAUGAAAGGAGCAAUAUGGUCAUGUUUGUGAAACAUCUGUAAGUAAGAACAACUGUAAUAUGGCCUAAGUAAAUUAAAUCCGUAUAUGGUGUUUAUAAUAUAAAAAUAUGUCUACAUUCUAUCCUCACUUGCCUAUGCAGCUAUUUUUUUAACAUUUUGGUACAUCAUGUAUAUGUAUAUAUAUAAUGCUUAUAAUUUUGAUUUUUUUUUUAUUUCUUUAUUUGGCAUCAUAAAAAACAUGUACACAGAUUAAUGUAAACAGCAUAAAAAAAACAACAAAAAGAUAUCAAAAAUACUUCAAAAAGAUAUGGUAUGGUAAAGAUAUAAAAAUGUCAGGAUAUAUUAAAAUUCAUCAAAGGGUAAAAAUUACAAAAGACAUUCAAUAGACAAAGAACAAGGAUGCCAGGAUGACCCAUGAAACUUGUUAAUAUUAUAAAAACUUAUUUCCAAUGGGAUCCAAAUGGUAUACUGUAUAUCAUAUAAUUAUGUGUAUAAUAUAGAUGAUAUAAUCCCCUGUAUCUAUCAUAUAUAUAUUUUGUGUACUGUAUAACUUAUUCGUAUAUAUACCUACCUUAUAUAUGUAUAUAGGGGCAUAUUAUAUUUAUAAUAUAUACAUAUACAGAAUUACAUGAUGCAAAAUUAAGUUUAUGUUCUAGAUUUUUAAUCAAUAUUUAAUAUAUGUUUUGAUUAUUUUUAAUUUCUUUGAACCUUAUGCCUUGAACUAUCAUCUUAGUAUGUUCCACCGAUGUUUGUUUCUAAGGUCAGCACAUCUCUAUUGCAAAUUACAGGAAUGCCACAUGUGGUCAACCAUUAUUGUAUUCUGAUGGGUUGUUUUAACUUAUUUCCUUCAAUAAACCAUUGAAUUGACAUUG